GAAAACCAACGGGCGAAUCUGGAAGCCAGUCAACGGAACCGUCACAGCAGUUCACCCUCGGGAUGAGUAAAAUUGACGAACUCAUUACCGUUUGUUGUCUAGUAUUGUUCGGUAUCGUGACCCUAAAAACGAAUCACGUGACGGCGCUGAUACCAGAGCAAUGUGCACAUAAUGUGAGCCAACCUUUUUCAACCUGCUGUCCCACCGAUCCAUUCAAUCAUCUGGUCUGUGGGGGUCCAGAACGUGGAUCUUGUCAACAUCUCACUAUCCACAGAGAGUAUGUACCAAGGGUGUUCCUAAUGGAUGAUCGAAUGUUUUGGCCAACACGGUUCUUCGACCACUUGUGUCACUGCAAGGAUAACUUCUACGGUGUAGCUUGUGAGCAAUGCUGGUUUGGCUGGACUGGACCGCACUGUGACCAGAGAGAAAUCAGAAUACGGCGUAACAUUCGAUCUCUGUCGGAAGAUGAACUCGAACUAUUCAAAGAUGUCAUGUAUCGUAGUCAGACGUGGCCAUCUGGUUUUUGGGUACUGGACGAAGCAACAAACAACCGAUCUGAUCCAUUAUUCAAGCCGCGAUUUAAAUCAGCCAGUGUGCAAUAUUGGGCAGCAUUCAUACAUCGAUAUGGCGCACGGCCCACUUUGUACGAGACAGAAGAAGAGUGCUCACGUUUCGGGAUUUUGAAUUUUAGUCAUGAUGGUGUGACGUUCCCAACGUGGCAUCGGUACUUUCAGCUGAUAUGGGAACGAAUGUUGAGCAAAAUUGCACUUGAGGUUCAUGGUAUACACAACUUUGCAGUGCCCUAUUGGGAUGUGAUUGGCCUUGAAAAAUGUGAUAUCUGUAAUGAUGAAUACGUUGGAGGACCAGGACACACCGACCGGUAUGGCGUUCAUCUGUCCGCGAACUCAGCGUUUACCGGGUUCAAAGAAUAUUGCUUGGAGCCUGAAGGAGAUGAGGUGUGUUUUGGUUGUCAGGGCACAAAACCCACUACAACAAUCACGAGACAAUUCUUGACCAAUGCGUUUCCGAAUCAAGAGGAUCUCUAUUUCACAUUGAACUUGAAAGACUACUUUAUUCCUGGGGAGCGAGAUUCCGAGGAAUGUAGAUCUUUUCAUAUGGCCCUCGAAGGCUAUUGUGGUCGACCGGAUACAGACCCUACCUAUAGGUGGAUGCACAAUCGCCUUCAUCGGAUGAUCAACGGAUCCAUGUGUUGCACAUCCACGGCCACCAAUGACCCAAUUUUCAUCGUUUUUCACAAUUUUGUCGACAAAAUAUUCAACGCAUGGUUGCGUUUGCAUCAUCCACCAGUCGAGGCCUAUCCAAAAGACAAUGUCCGCCCGGGACACUCACGUGACUCCUUCAUGGUCGCCCUACUGCCUUUGUUACGGAAUGCAGAUAUGUUUGUAGACAGUCUGCAGCUAGGGUAUGACUACGACAACAUGAUGUUUGGACAGUUUGCCCAGAACGGUGUACCGCCCAUUAUCGUGGAAAUCUAGUAAGGACCAGUUCGUCAAGUUUUUUCUCCUUCAGAAAUACCGGAAUGAAAAAACUAUGUAUGAUUUUGAUUUGCAAAUCGCCUUCGAACUACAAUAAAUUAUGGAUAAA